GUUUCAGAUACCUAAGGAACCUGCAGGUUUAGAGCCGCACGUGAAGUUGGACGAUGCAGUUCUAUGCAUGGUUUACAGAAACCUGAAUGAAAAUGCAGGAAGAAAAAGGCAAAAGCCGCCAGUUCAUCCGCAGCCAUCGAUCCAAUCCGCUGAACAGAUUGAGAAUUUGACUAGUGGUUUUCGUGCUGAAGACAACAAAGGGAAAGUGUGCGAACAAAUACCUGAAAAUAACAUGAUGGUUAGAAAUUUUAACACUGAUGCAAGCGAUACCAAAAGGGAAGACUAUGCUGGAAAGAUGCCUCCUGGAUGGAAAUUCUGCCCCAACGAUGAACAAAUCAUCUCUGUAUACCUCUACAAGAGAAUUCACAACCAAACGCUUCCAUGCAAAAAUGUCAUCAACGAAGUUCACCUGUAUGAAUUCGAUGCUCCUGCUCUCAUUGAGGAAUACCAGUCAAGCGAGCAGCAUAAAAGUUGGUACUUUUUCACGGAUAGGACCCGGAAGUACCUUGGAGGGAAAAGGCCAGCGCGUUCCACGCCAAACGGUUUCUGGAAGGCCACUGAAGCAGAUACAUUGAUCAAAGACCAAGGGAAAGUUAUUGGACGGAGGAUGACUCUCAAAUUUUUGUGGGGACAUCAGCAGGAGGGAAAACAUAGGGAUUCAGGGUGGAUGAUGCGCGAGUACAGGAUCGAGGAGUUUCAAAUACCUUGCUCCCAGAAAAGGAAGGGGAAGACACCUAAAGACCCUGCACGUUCAGAGUGUGACAUGAAGUUAGACGAAGCAGUUCUAUGCAAAGUUUACCAAGUACAGAAUAAAAAUGCAGGCAGAAAAAGGCACGAAGCAUCAGGGAAUUCAUCAAGUGAUUCCUUAUUAGACGUGGUUUAUCAAACCCAAUCGCUGAACCAGCUGGCUCCAGUUUUGGUCUCUCCAGUUCAAGACCAGAGGAAUUCAUCAAGUGAUUCCUUACUAGACGUGGUUUAUCAAACCCAAUCGCUGAACCAGCUAGAGAAGAAUUCAUCAAGUGAUUCCUUAUUAGAUGUGGUUUAUCAAACUCAAUCGCUGAACCAGCUGGCUCCAGUUCUGGUCUCUCCAGUUCAAGACCAGAGGAAUUCAUCAAGUGAUUCCUUAUUAGACGUGGUUAAUCAAACCCAAUCGCUGAACCAGCUGGCUCCAGUUUUGGUCUCUCCAGUUCAAGACCAGAGGAAUUCAUCAAGUGACUCUUUAUUAGACAUGGUUUAUCAAACCCAAUCGCUGAACCAGCUGGAGAAGAAUUCAUCAAGUGAUUCCUUAUUAGAUGUGGUUUAUCAAACCCGGAACCAACUGGCUCCAGUUCUGGUCUCUCCAGUUCAAGACCAGAGGAAUUCAUCAAGUGAUUCCUUAUUAGACGUGGUUUAUCAAACCCAAUCGCUGAACCAGCUGGAGAAGAAUUCAUCAAGUGAUUCCUUAUUAGACGUGGUUUAUGAAACCCAAUCGCUGAACCAGCUGGCUCCAGUUCAAGACCAGAGCACAAUCCAACCAUCGGGUCCAUUUUUUCCUGUUCCGCUUCCAGCUUAUGAUCCUAACCAUAACACAAAUGGUUUGAUGUUCUCUCGACCCAACGAAAGAGGGAGAUUACUGAACCAAGUGAACCCAAACUACUUCAGUACAAUGAACCAGACUCGCUCAUACCCAACCAGUUUUCUCAAUGUCAAUGGAAUGGGUGUACAAUUGGGGUUGUCAGACAUGCAACAAUUCCAUUCCAACUUGUCUAGCGACAUGAUGGCUCUUUCUCAAGACAUCCAUCAACGACAAUUGAGCUUAUCCCCAGAACAAAGUGAAAAUUUAUCGUCUGGCGAGGUAUUAGAUGUGGCUCAUCAGACCCAAUCACUGAGCCAGGAUUCAACUGUAGACCUACCAUCAAGUCAUCCUUCUCCCGUUCCAUGCUCGGCUACUGAUUCAGUGUACAAUAAUGGAUGGAGACUGUUCAACCAAGUGAACUCUAGCUAUUCAAGUACAGUGAACCAGGAUCAAUCAUAUGAAACAAAUUCUGUUGUCAACCCAAAUCUACCCACCUGGUGCACUGGCUCGACAAAUUUGAACAGCUUCUAUGUUGAUCCAUCACAGUCUGGAUUUCUCGACGAAAAUGGAUUUUUUCCGGUUUCAGACACGCAGCAAUUACGUACAAACUUGUAUUAGCUCAAUAAUGGACGGGUCUCAAGACAGCCCAGAGGAAACUCCGGGGUCUCAGCUGACAUGAGAAAGAUCAUGAAAGCAAUGUAAAUGCUAGCAUUUUUAGAUAAUGGGAUUUAUCCUGCGUGUGUAGCUAAGUUUUUUCUUUAUUUAUUUAUAGACAAUAGCUCGGUUACCUAUUUUUUGUUUCA